CUUAAUUUUGGGGUUCUUUCUUAGAUAAAAAGGAAUAACUAUGUUGUAUAUUCCCUUGCAGAAGUUUGUCCCUGUUGCAGUUUUGGUUGCCCUUCUCUUCUUCUUCAGUGUCUCCUCUUCUCUCCGGGAAGGACAAACCUGUGUCGUAGAUAGUAACCGUCUCUGGGUUUUUGCACUGCGAGACUUGUGUCGCCAAUGGUAAUUUAAGGCCUCGUUGUACCCAAAUCCGGCCCUUAAAUCCCAUUUUGCAGGUGAAGGGAUUGCCGUUCAAUCGGUACUCUUGGCUCACUACACGCACAAUGCCUUUGCGAGGAUGGGUGUGAAGUCUGCCACUGGUUCUAUAAUUCUUGCUCCCACCAAUCAAUAGGUUAUAGGACUCCAUCACUGACCAACUCAAUAAUGGAGUUAGAGGUUUGAUGCUUGAUAUGUAUGACUUCCUCAAUGGCAUAUGGUUUGUCACUCUUUUGGAGGUCAAUACUUCAACUUUACAGCUUUCCAAGUCAGCAACCUGCCAUUAAUGUUCUGAGAGAGAUUCAACAAUUUCUUGAAGCAAACCCUACUGAAAUUGUCACUAUUAUCAUUGAAGACUAUGUCUCGUCUCCAGUCCCCAUCGUUAGAGUUUGCCAAUUCCCUUUAGAAGAGACUGAUCAAAGUGUUUGAUGCUGCUGGCUUAAGGAAAUUCUGGUUUCUAGUAUCUAGAAUGCCCAAGAACAGUGGAGAUUGGCCAACUACCAAUGAUAUGAUUAAGAAGAAUCAACGUUUAUUAGUUUUCACUUCAAAGUCUGCUAAGGAAGCUUCUGAAGGUAUUGCCUAUCAGUGGAGAUACAUGGUAGAAAACCAACAUGGAGAUGGUGAGAUGAUCGAUGGUUCCAGCCCAAACCGUGCAGAAUCACAUCCUAUGAACACCACAACAAGGUCACUAGUCCUGGUGAAUCAUUUCCUCAGUAGGCCUGAUAUUGCGCAAGCUUGCAAGCAUAAUUCUGCUCCAUUGAUGAGCUUGCUCAACAUGUGCUACGGAGCAGCGGGGAAACAAUGGUCUAACUUCGUCGUCGUUGACUUCUACAAGCUAUUGUCUCGAGAAUUUGUCAUUCCUUAUUCCAAACUUCUUAAAGAUCACAAAAAGGGAAAUGGAAAUUGUGACCUCCAUCCUUGAAAAAAUCGGGGAAUGUAUGUUGGAAUCGAUUAAGCUUCAGUGUGCUUAUCUGAGAAGCUAUGAUGACAACAUUGUUACUCUUGAGCACCAACUUGAAACCCUAGAGGAAAGGGAGAAGGAUGCGCAUGAAGCCAUUGAAGCAGCAAACAGAAAUAGUGAAGUAAUUCGAAGAAAUGUUCAAAAAUGGAUAACAAGUGUUGAGGAAGUCAAGGUAGAGGCCAGAAAGUUUUUGGAAGACAAUCUGAAAGUAAACAAGAGAUGGUUUAGAUGGUGGUCACGUUACUCACUAAGCAAAGAAGCAGAGAGUAAAAGCGAGGUGAUAAAAAGGCUAUGUGAAGAAGAAGCAUUAUUUGAUAUUAAUGUUUCUCUGCCCGCGCCUCCUCUGGGGAUAGAUUCCAUGACCUCCAAAGAUAUUGUACUUUUUCAAACAACUAAAUCAGCUAUGCAAAAGGUCAUGGCUGCAUUGAGAGACGAUUCUACCAAUUUUGUGGGGAUACACGGAAUGGGUGGAGUGGGAAAGACAACUUUAGUGAAAGAAAUUGCUAAAAAAUGCGAAAAAGAGGAGUUGUUCAACAUUGUGGCAAUGGCUGUAGUGUCACAAACUAUUGUUGUCGAAAGUAUUCAAGACCAGAUAGCAGAGUUCUUUGGUUUAAAACUAGAAGAAAAAAGUCAGAUGCUAAGAGCGAAUCGGUUAUAUGGUCGACUAAAAAAAGAGAAAAAGAUCCUAGUUAUAUUGGAUGAUGUUUGGGCCAACAUUGAUCUUGCAACUAUCGGCAUUCCUUCAGAAGAAGAUCAUAAGGGUUGUAAAGUUGUCAUCACUACAAGGCGUAAACAGGUUUGCACUGUCAUGGGCGGAAGUAUCCAAGGUACAAGAAUUGUAAGUCUUGAUGUCUUAACUAAACAAGAAUCUUGGGAAUUAUUUAAGUUGCAAGCUGGUGACAUUAUUAUUAAGUCUCCCACGAUAAAAAUUGUGGCAGAGAAACUUGUCAAAGAGUGCGGAGGUUUGCCUAUCGCUCUUGUGACGGUGGGAAAGGCUAUGAGAGGCAAAGAUAUAGAAGAAUGGAAAGAGGCUGCUCGAGAGCUCGAGAAAUCGAGGCCCACAAAUGUUGAAGACGUGUAUAAAAAUGUGUACAAGUGUAUCCAACUCAGCUAUGAUUUUUUGGGAGAUGAGGAGGCCAAGGCUUGCUUCUUGCUUUGUUGUUUAUUCCCAGAGGAUUAUAACAUUGAAAUAGAGAGGUUGGUUAGAUGUGGGGUGGGGUUGAAUACAUUUAAGGGAAUUGACAAAAUUCAAGAAGCCAGAAGACGAGCACAUUCGAUAAUCAACAAUCUUAAAGCCUCUUCUUUAUUGGUGGCAAGUCAAAGAAAAGGUUGCAUCAAAAUGCAUGAUCUUGUUCGCGAUGUUGCUAAAACAAUUGCAUUGGAUAAAUAUUUUGGGAAAGAUGGUGAGGUCAAAGAGUGGCCAAAUGAACUAGGUAUGGAUGAAUAUAAUGGUAUUGGUAUCUCUUUGAUGAGAAAUGAAAUCCAAAAGUACCCUGAUGCUUGGCAAUGCCCAAACCUUGAGAUAUUUGUGAUGCAUGACUACAAUGUUGAGCAAGAAAUGCCAGAAGAGGUAUUUAAGGGAAUGAAAAAGCUUAGAGUUUUAAAUCAGAAUCAUAAAUCUUACUUUGGAAAGAGAAGCUUGGAGCCAUCACUUGGUCAUCUCACACAUCUCCGGACAUUAAUUAUUGAGGUUGAUAUGAUGGCUUUUGAUUCAAAAGUUUCGAUACGGGGCAUUAGCGCACUUGGAGAGCUAAAACUGCUCCAAGUUGUCAGCUUUAGAAAUUGCAUAUUUGAAGAGCUGUUGGAUGCAUUGAGGAAGCUAAAGAACCUGAGGUUGCUAAAUUUGGAAUCUUGUAUUAAUUGUUCAUCUUUUUUCGACUGCACAAGGACACUCGAUGAAUAUUGCAAUUUUCCGCAACUUGAAGAACUAUGCGUGAGUGAGACCAUGUCUUGUAGUGUAGUCGAGCUGAUCAAAUGUCUUCCGCGCUUAAAUGUGUUAAAGUUUUGUAUGGACAACAUUAGUCGGAUACCUGAGGAAUUUGUCUUCCCCCACUUGGAUGGUUUUGUCAUUUCUGUGGGCUCGUUGGCAGUUGAUUUUAUAGGUUCCUAUUUUGAAAAGAUUUUGCACCUCAAUGGCAGAUAUGGAAGGCUCGACAGGGCAUGGUUAGACAGGAUUGCGACAUUAUUGUCCGUUGUAAGUAUUUUAAGUCUUCAUUACUUCGAUGGAGUCAGAAACAUACUUCCCUACUUAUUGGUCAGUAGAGACAGUCUCGUUGUCUUGAAAAAAUUGGAAGUUAGAUAUUGUGGUGAAUUGGAGUUCUUGAUCAAUAUUGAGGAGGAAAGUAAGAUUCCACAGCCAACUUGUUUCUUAUAUUUGGAGGAACUGCAACUUUGGAAUUUACGGAGGUUUAGUGGGUUGUGUGGCAUGGCUCUUGUUGACAUGCGAGACUACUUUAUAAGGCUGAGAGUAUUACAAAUAAGCUACUGUCCCAAAAUGUCAAAUAUUGGCGUUCCUUUUAAUUUGUUACGAAGAAUGCGACAACUUGAAGUUCUGCAAAUACGGAAAUGUGAAGCAGUAGAGUACUUAGUUGAUCUCAAAGAAGAAGUAGAGGAUGCUGUUGAAGAGGAGGAAGGAAUACUUGUCAAUUUAACGACAAUGAUACUAGGAGGAUUGCCUAAUUUAGAGCAGUUGUGGAAGGGCUCUAUUGGACUGGUGCACUUACGCAAUUUGAAAACUGUGCUUUUUCGUUGCCCCAAAUUGAAAUUUAUUUUCCAUUGGUCUGUAGCUCAAAGACUCGAGCAACUGGAAAACCUAAGAGUUUCUUUUGGCGAGGAAUUGGAAGAGAUUGUUGGAAGGGAGACAGGAGAAGAGACUACUGGAUUAUUGCCCUUUCGCAACUUGAAAACUCUGAAAAUUUUGUCCUGCUCCAAAUUGAAAGUUGUUUUCCAUUGGUCUCAAGCUCAAAGACUUGAACAACUGGAAAAGCUAGCAGUUUCUGAUUGCAAGGAAUUGGAAGAGAUAGUUGGAAGGAAGACAGGAGAAGAAGCUGCUCAUAAGGUGUGGUUUUCUGAAUUACAACGUCUGUACAUGAAGAAACUUCCAAAACUAGUUGGUUUCUACACUGGUAACUUGCCAGGGAGCCAAAGCACGCCCAAGCUCAAGAUUGUUCAUAUGAAUGGCCCUCCCUGGGUUGAGAUAGCAGUUGAUGGCAACAACUUAGACACAGUUAUAAAAGACCACAAAGAGCUUCUACUUUAAAUGGAAGAGGAAGAAGAAUAAAUGGCGGCUAAUGCUGUUCAGAGAAUCCAAUUACUUAUUGAUCUUUAAUGUCAAGACACUGGACACAUGCAGUCAGGCAGAUUUAGAAUCCAAUUACCACAAACUACAUGCAUGCUUUGUACUGAUUUAAGUAUUAUGUUACUCUGAAAUGCUGCCACAUGGAAUUUAUAUUCAAAGUUCUUUUGAAUUCCCUUAAUUCUAGCUAUGAACAUGAAGAUGCAUAUCCGCAUAUGUACCAUAUGUUUCUAUCUACUA